AUGGCAUUGGAGCUUAUUCCUUACAAGGAUGAGAAGCAGGACUUUUCAGCCACGGGGGCCAAAGCUGGGGCAUUGUGCAGCACUACUCAUGUCGACUGCCACUUGGUCAUACCUGGCACGCAGGAAGUCUUGACGCUGCCACUUCAAAUUUGCACCAAGAUUCAGGAAUUGAAGCAUGCUUUGUCUGCAAAACUUGGCUACAUAGAGCACAGCGAGAUCAGUUUUGUAGUCAAGCAGGGCUGCACCUACAAGCGUUUACAGGAAUCUGACCAGGUGAUGAAGAGAAUGUCGGUGCACGGGAUCAAGUCUUUCAGACCCCCGCGGCAUAGAUAUCCACAUCCAUAUGGAAUUAUUGGUGCUGGCUACAACGGCAUCAAGACAGCAUUGUUUUUGCUGAGAGACAAUCAGAAAGACUUUACCAUUUUCGAUCGCUAUGACAAGGUCGGUGGCCACGCCUGGCUGGAAAGUGCGAACAAAACAACCAGGCUGCAAAUUGAGUUUGCGACCUACCAUAUUUGGUAUGGUCAGGACUUCUCUUACCCUGGCAUUGAAAAGUGUGGAGGGCCCCCAGUGGAUUGGGAAGUUUGGCCAAGCAGAGAUCGCGUCAUUGAGCACUUCGAGCUGUGUGCUCGAGAAUAUGGCAUAUACGCGCAUUGCCAAUUGAGUGUGGACGUGGAGUCCGUCGAUCUGAUUGGCAGGGAAAAGAAGGAUGACCGAGCGUUCCAGCUAAGCUGCCGCCCGGUUCUGCCACAUCGCAAGGACUGCCAAGGAGGCGAAAAGCUAGAUCACCAGGAACAAGCCACAGAAGCUGGGUAUGCAGGGGCCUUCCGGACGGACAAAAGCCGAAAGUCUUUUGUCUUUACCUGUUCCUGCUACUGCAUUUGGCCUGGAAAUUUGAUCAACCCACGGCAAAUUCAAUAUGUUGGAGAGGAGCUCUUCGAUGGAUUCAUCGAGUAUGGUGUUGAGAUGAGGUGCGACUACCAGAACGUGGUGGGGAAAAAUGUCAUCAUCCAUGGGCAUGGUGCCUUUACGAUGGAGAACAUCCGUACCUGCUGUGAAUAUGGUAUGAAGCACAUAUACCUCGUUUGCCGAAAGCGGAAUCUAACCUGCCCAAGAGUGGUCUCCUGGUUCAUCAACCAGGCGAGCCCACCAGUUACUGGAGCUCAUUGCUUGAAUCUUCUCAAGGUGGCAUACAGGCUUUGUGGCUAUGAUCCGUGGGACAUGCAUUCUGUGAGUUGCAACGCUGCACGGACAAAUGCUUCUUUUGCUCAGAAGACACGCUUCGGUAUCGGAGACGUGUACUUCUUGGCUGCUGCAUAUGGAUUGAUGGAAGUUGUGGUGGACAACAUCAAGAGGUGUAGCUCCAGAACAGUUCAUUUGGAAAGCGGAAGGAAGCUGCAAGACGUCGAUGUGAUCUUGAAAUGCGUGGGCAUGCUACCAGACUCUACAGUAGACAAGGUCAACAAGAUGAAGUUCUUGCGAGGCUGCUGGAUCAACGGUGAUCCCCGUCGUUUUACGGUCUCUGACCCGGACGGAAUUUAUGCCGCCAACUUUGCAGCAACGACCAUUGGCCCAGGAGCAUACAACUGGGUCCAGCUGAUGAAGCACGUUUGGGAUUGCCCCAAUGAGUGGAUUCAGUUGGAUGAAGCGGGUCACCUCAAUCUGCCUGAGCACUAUGCCGGUGAUCCGGACCCAGACACACCCGCGUAUUUCAUCAACGCCAGGCACUCGGUGGGCACGAUGUUCACCUACUCGAUCGUGAGUCCUGCCUACAGAGAAAUGACUACCCACUUUGAUACGUACAAGCAUUUCAUUGCCCAUCAUUGCUGUCCUGUUGACAAGCUCCUUACAGCUGCGCUGGCUGAAUGGAACGAGUAUGAGAGAUCUUGGAGGGAGAAGGGUAUGGUUCCAAAGGAUGCUCCAUACAUACCGUAUCCCUACACCAAGGAGUACAUUGCGGAGCAGCAUGAGGCCAGCAAAGAGGUUCAGAGAUUCACCUCUGAGUGGAGGCGCAUCGUGGAACGAUUUGGGCGCUGGAUAGAUUUUGACAAUGACUACAAGACCAUGGACAGAAGCUUUAUGGAGAGGCUCGUGGAUGAGGAGAUUCCUCUCACUUUUGCACCGUAUUUGCUUGAUUUGAUUGUGCUAUCAGAUCAGGUGACGGUUGAGGGUUUCUGCAACUUGCUGGCGACUUUGUUGUUCUGGGGACAGAUUCUUUUGCAGGAAAACUCCUACGUGCUUGCCUGGACAACGACACCUUGGACCCUGCCUUCAAACUUGGCCUUGUGUGUCAACCCUGAGUUGAAGUACCUUCAGGUUCAAAGCAAAGCCACUGGUACGAAAUGGAUUGUCGGGAAGGACAGAUGGCCAUGGAUAUGCUCUUCAAUCAAGAAAAAUGGAGAGAAGGACUUUACAGUUUUGUGGGAGAAGAAGGGAUCGGAGCUCAAGGGCAUCAAGUACGAGCCUCUCUUUGACUUUUUCAGGGGGAAGGCGCUCGGAUCAGCAUGGCAGAUCUUGACUGACAACUAUGUCUCCACAGAGGCUGGCACCUGUAUCGUUCAUCAAGCACCAGCUUUUGGAGAGGACGACAAUCGGGUUUGCCUUGCAGCCGGAAUCAUCCAGAAGGAUGGUACCGGCAUGGUCCAUCCAAUCGACGACAGUGGCUGCUUCACCAAGGAGGUUCCAGACUUCCUUGGUCAACAUGUCAAAGCCGCUGACAAAGACAUCAAGGAGAAGCUAAAGAAGGAAAACAAGUUGGUCUUCAAUGGCACCGAGGUGCACAACUAUCCGCACUGCUGGCGUUCUGAUACGCCAUUAAUUUACAGAGCCAUCCCCAGCUGGUUCAUCAAGGUGGAAGAGGCCCGUGAGAAAUUGAUCGCCAACAACAACCAGACGUACUGGGUCCCAAGCUUCGUGAAAGAAAAACGCUUCCACAAUUGGCUGACAGAGGCCAGGGACUGGUGUGUCUCACGAAAUCGCUACUGGGGGACGCCGAUCCCUCUUUGGGUCUCCUCUGAUUUUGAGGAGGUUGUUUGCAUUGGCAGCGUUGCCGAGCUUGAACAGUUUGCUGGAAGAGAGAUCAAGGACCUCCAUAGGCACUUCAUUGAUGACAUCCAGAUUCCUUCUCAGAAGGGCAAGGGUAUGCUCAAGCGGGUGGACGAGGUCUUUGACUGCUGGUUCGAAAGCGGCUCUAUGCCUUAUGGAUCGAAGCACUACCCAUUUGAGGGCAAGGAGGAGUUUGAGAAAAGCUUCCCUGCCCAGUUCAUCGCGGAGGGUUUGGAUCAAACGCGCGGAUGGUUCUACACCCUCAUGGCACGCCAGGGCACAAGAGUAAGGAAUAGUGUUGCUUUGCACCUGAAGAUGACACUCGCAGCCACUUUGUGCCAGGUCCUGGGCACGCAUCUGUUUGACAGCCCUCCAUUCCAGAACCUUAUCGUCAAUGGUCUUGUGCUUGCGGUCCUUUGCUUGGAAUUUGCGAAAAGAUCCAUGGAUUUGAAGAGAAAUGGUCUUGUGUGUAACACAGUGAGACCUUGCAAGGCUGAUGGAAAGAAGAUGAGCAAACGCCUGAAGAACUAUCCCGAUCCGCAGGACCUCUUUGACCUGUUGCGACAGCCAAUUGCACGUGGCUCACGUGAGUCCCUGAAGAAAAAGAGCUUGUUCUUUGGUUCAAGCCAGCUGAAAGUAGAUAGGAUCAUGAAGCUAUCAGCAUGCAGGUGCGCAGUCCGCAGGUUGCGAACAUUCGUCGUCUAA